AAAAGUGGGUGGUGACAAGAACCUGAUUGGACUAGUAUGCUAUCUCUCAUGUUCAGCCUGUCACAAUGCCAGUAUCUAUUGCUGGUUAAGUUAUUAGAGUCAUAAAGUUAUUUUUGCCAGCAUAUCAGUCUACAUCUGCUUUUCAUGGCGUGGUGACAGCCUUCAUUGGUCGGGAUUGCUGCCAUGGUACUGGGUCAAACUGCUGCCGUGAACCGGACCAAGACUUUUCAUGGAGCUUUGUGCAUCCUGAACAGCCUGCAGAAUCACACUGCAGUUUUGGAAAGGCUGCACGAACGUCAGAAGAAUCCAGGCCUGCAGCUCCAGGCCAUGAAGGGAUUCCUCCACCGCACCGGCUUGACUGUGUGUGAACUGGACAAACUCAACAUCAUUCACGUUAGCGGGACAAAAGGAAAGGGUUCAACAUGUGCUUUUACUGAAAGAGUGCUCAGGAGUCAUGGCUUUCGGACAGGAUUUUACAGCUCUCCACACUUGGUUCAUGUCAGAGAGAGAAUACGAAUUAACGGCUGGCCAAUCAGCACGGAGCUUUUCACAAAGUACUUCUGGGAGGCCUACGAGCAGCUAGUGGACACAAAGGAUGUGAACAGAGGCACCCUGCCCUCCUAUUUCCAGUUCCUGACUCUUCUGGCUUUCCAUGUGUUCCUGCAGGAGCGAGUGGAUUUAGCUGUGAUUGAAGUCGGGAUUGGAGGCCAGUACGACUGCACAAACAUAAUCAGGAAGCCGUGGGUGUGUGGGGUCACAUCUCUUGGUUUGGAUCACUGCAGUUUGCUGGGAGAUACGAUGGAGAAGAUUGCGUGGCAGAAGGCUGGGAUAUUCAAGCCAGGUGUCCUUGCUUUUACCGUCCAACAGACACCAAACUCUCUGAGAGUCCUGCAGAGCCGUGCUGAAGAGACGGGGUGCCCCUUGCAGGUCUGUCCUGAGUUGGAUCAGUACGAGGAUAUGGUCGGUCCUGUACGUCUGGGACUGGCAGGAAAACACCAGCGCUUAAAUGCAUCACUUGCCCUGCAGCUCAGUUUCAGCUGGCUGCAGCGCCACGAGACUGAGAAGAAAGGAGAUAUUCCCAGUUUGACUCAAACGGCCUGCACACUGAACUCCCAGGCGCCCACUUUCAAGCCCACUGCAGCCAUGCUGAAAGGUUUAUGGGAGACAGAGUGGUUAGGACGAAACCAGACGCUGAGGCAGGGCUCUGUCACAUAUUACCUGGAUGGAGCCCACACCACAGCCAGCGUGGAGGCCUGCAUCGACUGGUUCAGAGAGGAGACGCUUCAGAGAGACCACUCUCACCCUGGACUUAAAAUCCUGCUGUUUAACACAACAGGAGAGAGGGACUCUGCUGCUUUACUCCGACUGUUGGCUCUGUGCCGGUUUGACUACGCGCUCUUCUGCCCCAACAUUACUGAAGCCUCUGCAGCUCAGAACAGUAUCAGUGUGCACCAGAUUUUGGCCCGCUGCAGAGAAAAUCAAAUUAUCUGGCAGAGCUUGAGUGCAACAGAAGAAGUGCGUCAGCGCCACCUGGUGACCAGCUCUGGCAAUCACAGCCUGGUGUUCCCCUGCAUCCUGAGCGCCCUCCAGUGGAUCAACGGGAGAAAACAGCCAGCGUCGGCCCCUCCUCAGUGUAAUGGGCCUCCUGACAGGCUGAGAGCAGAGGCCGGGACCACCUCUGUGCUGGUGACUGGCAGCCUGUACCUGGUGGGGGGAGUGCUGAAGCAUCUGGAACCUUCCCUCAACACUGCAGAUUAAGAAAUGAUCCAAUGUGUCCCCGGUUCUGUUUACUUCUUGUUAGGACUUUUAAAUGUUGAUGCUGUCACUGCUCAGUUUACACUUUUUAUUUUAUGGUUAACAUUUCAUAUUUAUAUUUUGAGUGACUUGUGUUCUGCCUUUUCUGCUCAUUAGUUUUCUUAUCAAUGCCUUAACGUGUUUCUGCUGUUUUAUACGUUUGAUAAUUCCACUGUACGUUUGAUGAGUUUAGUUGAUCUGUUGCUGUUGGUGAUAUACCAAACAACAAUUAUAAUGUGAGCAAACUAUAGAACA